AUGGAGAGGGUGCGGGCGUAUUUUGGCCCUUCUCAGGCUACCAAGGAAGAGCGCAAAUUGGUCCAGAAGAUUGAUUUUUUCAUUCUCACCUUUUGUUGCCUGAGUUAUUUCUGCAACUACCUUGACCGCUCGAACCUCACCAAUGCCUACGUCUCGGGCAUGGAGGAAGACCUUCAUUUCAAAGGCAAUCAGCUCACCCAAAUCAACACCAUCUUCACCUGUGGCUAUAUCAUCGGCCAGAUCCCUUCCAAUCUGGCCCUGUACUAUAUCUCGCCCCGCAUCUUCUUCCCCUCGAUGAUGAUCGUCUGGGCCUGCCUUACCAUGGUCACUGCGUCCGUUCACAAACCGGAGCAUAUCAUGGCCAUCCGCUUCUUCCAAGGCAUCGCCGAAUCCACCACCUUCGUCGGCACUCACUACAUCCUCGGUUCGUGGUACACGGCCAAAGAGCUCGGCAAGCGCAGCGGCAUCUUCACAGCCUCCGGCCUCGCCGGCACCAUGUUCGGCGGCUUCAUCCAGACGGGCAUCCAAAAGUCGCUGCACCACAAGGGCGGCCUGACGGGCUGGCGCUGGCUCUUCAUCAUCGACGGCCUCAUCACCCUGCCCGUCGCCCUCUACGGCUUCCUCCUCUUCCCCAACACGCCCAGCACCACCACCGCCCCGUACCUCUCCCCGCGCGAGCGCGCCCUCGCCAUCUCCCGCGUGCCCGAAGUCCCCGAGCGCGCCCCGCUGACCUUCGCCUUCGCCAAGCGCGUCCUCACCUCCUUCUACUUCUACGCCUUCGUCAUCCUCUGGAUCAUCGCCGGCGAGACCGAGUCCUUCUCGACCAACACCCUGCUCGCACUGUACCUCAAAGCCCACCCCUCGCGCACCUACACCGUCGCCCAGCUCAACGACUACCCCACCGGCGUGCCCGCCGUCGGCAUCGCCUCGACCCUCUUCUGGGCCACGCUGACCGACUUCCUCGGCGGCCGCCGCUACCUCGUCGGCUUCUGGAUCGGCCUCACCGGCGUCGCCACGUCCGCCAUCAUCCUGGGACAGUUCAACAACACCACCGCCGUCAUGGGCGCCUACUACUGGGCGGGCAGCGUCUACGCCUGCCAGGCCACCUUCUUCGCCUGGGCCAACGACGCCCUGCGCCACGAGGAGGACAUGCUGCGUGCCGUUGUCGUGGCCGCCAUGAACAUGGGAAGUAACGUCUUCAACGCGUGGUGGUCCAUUGUGUUUUACUCGGCCGACUUUGCGCCAAAGUUUACGAGAGGUAUGUGGGCCAUGAUUGGUUGCUCGAUCGCGCUCGUGGUUUGGACCACCAUCUUGCUCCUGUGGACGGUUCGGACGGACAAGAAUCGCGUCGUGGACGGCGCCGGUAGCGAGACGGAGCAAAGGGACGAAGGUAGCGUUGUCGAGGGGGUGGAUGGUACCGUGGCGGGUGAGAAGGUGUGA